UAACGUGAUGCUGUCAUACAGUAACCCAGGCUUUACUACCAUAUGCCUUGGCCGCAAGUAGUUCCACGGAUGACACAGCGUGGAAGCAAGUAAAUAUAUGCUGAAUUACUUCUUAAGGAAGACUUACAACCAAAGACGGCAAGUGGAGACUGCCUCGUUGUUUUGUACAAAAAAGGGAAAGCGCUUAACACUUUUGAAACCAACUGGAGUGAUGGUUGGCAAUACAUGGUCUAGUGUUGAUGAAUAACUAGAGAUCACGAGUCAAAGGUCGGGUCCGGGGGGAUUUUAGCAAGUGACAUUGACUUCAUCAGACUUCCGAAAGUGGGCAUGGAUCUGCUGGGGUGUCCGAUUUGCCGAUGCCUGAUGUGCGAACCCGUGACGGUGUCCUGCGGUCAUUCUUUCUGUCGGAGGUGCGCAGCGAUCAGCCUGCAGUCGCAGUGUCCAGUUUGCAAAGAUAAGCUGAAGCCGAGGGAUAUCAGAAACGUCAAGAACAACGUCUUACUCUGUCGGAUCAUAGAGAAGUGUUGUCCGGAGGAGACAGAGCUUAAGUUAUGCUUGCUGGAGCGUCUGAAAGCCUGCAACUAUUCGCAAGCUUUGCGGAUCGCGGAUGAUGGACUGGAGAUAGCCUCACACGACGUUGGCCUGAAGGUACUGCGUGCGGAAGCCUCUGCGGGUCUGCAGCGGCUGCCAGAUGCCCUGCAGGACCUGGAUGAUGUCUGCCGUUUGCACCCUACCUGGAGUGAGGGAUUCUUCAGGAAAGGGAACAUCCUGGCAGAUAUGGGAAGACAAAGGGAAGCCUUGGUUCAGUACCAUCGAUGCCUCCAGCUGCAGACUGAUUUUUUCCUGGCCAAGGACCAGAUCAAGAACAUUUUGGAGGCAGAGGGAGCGAGGGUCCCAGAGGAGGUUCCCCAACUCCUGCAGGUGGUUUCAGAGCACAUCCACAGGCCCUGUGCCGCCAGCUGCUCCGUAGGGCCCGCCUCCGGGGACGCGCCCGGGCUCUGUCCAGAUGAAGAGCAGGAUGAGGCUGCACGUCCCGUGAAGAGGACCUUCCGCUCCGAGUGCUGCCUCAGCCAGGCUGGGGCCUUCCUCCCUGCCACUGAGGAUGACGAGGGACUACCGAGGAGGAGAGAUGACAGGCUGAGAAAGGCAUCCCAGGACCAAACGGGACAGGAGAGAGACCUGCUCCACAGCGUUCUCAGCGUGGCAGACUUUGAAUGUCCUCUUUGCAUCAGGUUGUUCCAUGAGCCUGUCACUACCCCUUGUGGACAUACUUUCUGUAAAAACUGCAUAGAGAGAAGCCUGGACCACAACCUGCGUUGUCCCCUCUGCAAGCAGUCUCUACACGAGUACCUCAAAAACAGAAAGUACAGCCUGACAGCUGCGCUGCAAGACACCAUGUCCCGCCUCUUCCCCCGGCAGCUGGAGGACAGGAAGCGGGUGCACGAGGCGGAGAUCGUCGAGCUCUCUGAUCUGACCAGGGAUGUUCCCAUCUUCGUAUGUACGCUGGCUUUUCCCGGACUGCCGUGUCCCCUCCACGUCUUCGAGCCCCGUUACCGGCUCAUGAUGCGCCGCUGUAUGGAGACAGGAACCAGGCGGUUUGGCAUGUGCACCUAUGAGUCCAGUGAGGGGUUUGCCGACUGCGGCUGCAUCCUAGAGAUCCUGGGCCUGGACCCCCUUCCGGACGGGCGGUCCUACGUGGACACAGUUGGGGGGAGUCGCUUCCGGGUACUGAGCAGGGGGAAGAGGGAUGGCUACCACACUGCGGACAUCGAAUACCUAGAAGAUCAGAAGGUGGAGGGUGCAGAUCUGCAGGUGUUGCAGAGUCUUCAUGACAGCGUGUUCCAGCAGACCCAAGACUGGUACCGGGGGCUGGGGGUGCCGGAGCAGACGCAGAUCCGCAGGCAGUACGGGCCAAUGCCAGAGAGGGAGCACGACAUCCAGGCAUCUUCUGAUGGGCCUGCCUGGUGCUGGUGGCUGCUGUCAGUCCUGCAGCUGGACCCAACCUAUAAGACCAAUGUUCUGUCCCUCACAUCACUGAAGGAUCGCCUUGGCCACCUCCGCAUCGUACUGGACUACUUAUCCCAGACAUAGGAUGUGUGCAGAGUUGGACACGUUAGCACCUAAGAUGCUCGUCUGUUACCCCAGUGAGCUCACAUUUAACCACAUCUCCGAGUGUCUGGCUUAAGCAAAUGCAGUCCAGAUCAAACCCUGUAAUACAAGUCUCUCUUGUACAUCAGCGUCAUUAUCUUUAAAAUGAGGCAUUGUAAAAUGUUUUUGAGGUGUGUUUUUCAAGGUUUUAGACUGAUAAAAUUAAUACUGCAUAAAAAAAUUUAGAUCAGGAAGUGCACUGCCUGGUCUCUCCUGUAGAGGGCAGUAAACAAAAUGCUGCACCAGUAAAUGGUCCCAGGUUAAUAACAGACAUCAGGGUUCUGUGUUUUUGACUAUCAUCCUGCUCUUGUGCCACCAUUGUCACGUUCAGCCUGGUCUGCGGAAUGUCACAGGAACAGCCAGAAGGCUUUGCACAACUAAUACUGGCAAAAACCUUUUUUUUUGGCUUUGUUUAAAAAAAAUUAAACAAAACAUAUAAAAAUGACUUUUCUGUAAGAUGUGUUCUUGUUUAAUGUUUUGUUCCUCUGAAACUGUUUUGGGGCGAACAACUGACAUGGGGAAUCUUACUAGGUUGUGGUUAUAUGUCUGAACUAAUUAAAUAAAGAAGUAUGAAGGGUAUAA